AGGGCCAUGCAUUAUCAGUGGGCUACUUACAAUGUUAGAUAUAUCUCAAAAUUCACAUGGUGCAGAUAUGACCAAUCUAUCAGGGCUUGUAUGGUGACAGAUUAAAGACCACUGACGUUACUUCGCCAUACGAUCUUUUUGAAGAAUGGCGGAAAUCCUCAAAAAAGGAGAUGAACUUGGACGUGUCUUAGUUCAGGUGCAAGAUGACCUGAAACAACUUAAACGGAGCCUACAUCGCAUCACCCUUCAAGAUGGAGGCGAGACUUUAGGCAUCCAAGCUCUGGAGACAGCCAUUCAGAGAACUGAAUGUGGAAUACAAAGACAUGCUGAGGAGUAUUUAAAAUCUGUGAAUAAGCACAUACUAACGCUUCCUUGCAUUGAGAAUCUAGAAUCUAAUACUGUACAGAUACCACAAUGGCGACCACCGCUUCAAAGUCUUCCAGACAGGCCUCAUAAAAAAAAUAAUAAUGUCGGACCAUCACCAGGGCAAAAGCACAAGGCAGCAUUCACACUACGACUGCUGUCCAACCCAGUCCAUCCUAAGAUCAGAGACGUGAUGUACCAGAACUACGCCAUCCAGUUUCCAGAACUGCCCAAAAGGACGGCAAAUACAAUGCCGACGCAGAAAGUGGUGACCGGUCGCACUGUGGGUCCGCUGGCCAUCGUGCCCGGUGGAGUCCUGAACAACCUUUUCCUGGCGCCGCCGCUCUCUGAAGAGGAUAUGAAGGCUGGGCUGGCCAGUCUUCUAGAGAGACCAAGUGACCUGAGCUUACCUGAGGCCGCAGUCCUUCCCAAGGCUGUCCAGCUCCAUCAGAGAGAGGACGGCGGUCUCCCCAAGAUGGUGCUCUCAGGCAGCUCAGAAAAGGCGUGCAAGCGUCGAAGAGCCCUGGUCCGGCGCAAAGCCACACCUGAGGCUCAAGGUCAGAUGCCUGGGACUCGCCCACCGUCUGCGAUCUCCGACAAACGUGCGGAGGUGCACAAAGGAACCCGCCUCCUCCCCCUCACCUGUCCGUCCCUGUCGGCCCCCACGGCCCCCACGGCCACUCCCAACAGCAAGUUCCCCUUCGUGAUCCUGGACGGCCGUGCGGACCGGCUGGGCUCGGACUUCCUGCGCUUCCGGGAGCACUACUGCCUGUGCGCCGGCUCCCUGGAGGACGCGCUCGGCCGCCUGGAGCUCCUGCUGCGCCGCUUCGCCGUCCCCAUGGCGCUGGUCAGCGGCGAGCGUCUGGUGGACCUGGUGCAGAGCGGCGCGCUGGAGUUCGGAGGUCACGGCGGCGGCGGAGGAGGAGGUCACGGCUGCCGGCUCGGCGAGCGGGAGAGCCGCCUGCUGCGCACGCUGGAGAACGAGGAGGAGGUGCGCGAGCUGGCGCUGCAGCCCGGCCGGCGCUACUGGGGCGAGGGCGGGCGGCGGGCGGCGGCGGUGCGCGUGCAGGCCUGCUGGAGGCGCCACCGAGCGCGCGCCGCCUACCUGGCGCAGCGCCUCUCCCGCUGGGCGGCGGGCACCAUCGCCCUCUCCUGGCUCAUGCACGCCCAGAUGAGCCGCGUGCGCACCGCCCUGCGGGAGAGACGCCUGCGCGCGCUGCACGCCUGCCGCCAGAGGGCAAAGUAUCUGGCCGAGAACUGGAAGCACAUCAGCACAUCUAGAAGAACAAUCAUCCACAUCCCGUCAUUAGGCUUCACCCAGGAGCAGCGCUUCAGCCUGUGGGGCAUGUUCAACAUCAUGCAGAACAGUCAGAUGGGCCGGCUGUGUGACGUGCUCGAUGAGAAUGUGGAGGUGAUCUACGUGGCCCCUAAGCCCUUGGGGGAGGACCUGUCCCACUACUACACGCGUCUGCUGUCCCUGCACCAGGCCGUCCAGCUGGGAAACCCCGAUGCCCCCAGGGACCCCUGUGCCACCCGCGUCACCUUCCUCACGCCAGAGGCCUGGCAGUACUUCCCAACCCACAACAUGUGCCUGUCCACGAUCCUGUGGCACAGCCCGCGUACCCUGCGGCGGAUCCGCCACCUGAUCCAGGGCCGGGAGGCCUACAUUGUGGGCGGCGUGCCCCACGCGGACGACCUGCUGGUGGCCCAGGAGCUGGGCGUGCCCGUGCUGGGCCCGGAGCCCCCGGUGGCCCGGCUCUACGGGACCAAGUCCGGCGGCCGCAGGGUGUUCGCCAGCGCCGGGGUCCCGGUACCGCCGGGACAGAGGGACAUCUACACCCUGCAGCAGCUGCAUGAGACGCUGGCCCACCUGAUAACUGACCACCUGGACGUGCAGCGCUGGCUCUUUAAGAUGGACGGGGAGCUGGGCGGCCGAGGCACGGCCUCCUGUGAGGUGUGCCACCUGGGCAGCCUGGAGUGGGCACAGCAGCAGCGGGCACGCCAUCAACCCCAGCACUGGAACACCGAGUGGGCAAAGGAGGAGGUUCUUAAUAGGUUUCUGGAAGAGGUCCCUCAGUUGUUGGCUCGGCAUGCCCAACCCACAAACACAGGCGUCUUCCCCACCUGGGCCCAGUUCCUGGAGCAGUUCCUCAGACACGGUGGGGUGGUGGAGGCCUACCCGCCCUCUGAGAGCGUGACGUGCCUGACGGUGGACCUGCUGGUGGAGCCGGCCGGCGAGGUGCGCGUGCUCUCCUGCGGUGACCAGCUGCACGGCCCCAACGGCCUGGAGGUCCUGGGCUCGACCGUCCCCCAGACCUCCGUCUGCCCCGAGGCCCUCCACCAGCUCUGCACCCGCGUGGGCCGCGCCUGCCUGGACAGGGGCAUCCUGGGGUACCUCUCCGUCGACCUGGUCACCUUCCUCCAGCCCGGCACCAUGGAGCAGCAGGUAUGGGCCAUUGAUCUGGACCUGGGUUACAGCAACCAGCUGGCCAUGACCCAGCUCACGCUGGCCAUGUCCGGAGGCACGCUGGACUGCCGCACCAGCCGAUUGGAGGUUCCCCUGCCAGUCAGACAGACCAAGGCCAGCCUCCCAAAGCACAAAGCCAAAGCACAGCCUACCCCUGUGACUAGUCGCUACGCUGUGAUAGGCAGUCGGCUGCUUCACACCAACCUCUCCAUGGUGCACUACAGUGUGUUCUUCCAGAUGUGCAAAGCCCAGGGCAUAGGCUUUGACAUCAAGGAAAGGCAAGGCACCCUGUUUGGCCUUCAUGACAGUGCAGAGAGAUACAGUCUAGCGAUGGUAACAGUUUGUGAGGAUCUCGAGGGAUCCCUGAUGACCUUUGCUCGUAACCUGGCUGUCAUUCAUCAGGAAAUAUCCGCUCCAAACAUGCAAGGGGUGUCCAAUUUUAAGGACUUGAUCAAGGAAAUUGAAGGUGUGUUGGGUCUCACCAUUCAAAACAAGACGCAAGAAAGGAAAGAGGACCAAACAGAUGCACUGACAGGCUCUGACCAGGACUAAGGCAACUGACCAGUCAAGCUCUAUACAUUCAAGAUACUUGUUUCACUUAAUCUUUUGACUACAUCUUUUAUGUUUCUUUCAUUAUACA